AGGCACCUGCUGAUCAGUGUAGACACCAGAAGACCGCGAGGACAGCGUCAUGGACCUUUCUGCUACAGUGAUACUAGCAGGGCUGAUCCUAGUCCUGAUAUGGUUCAGUGUAAAGAGUAGGAAGCACCGUUUGCCUCCAGGGCCCUUUGCUCUGCCUCUCAUAGGAAACCUGCCACAGGUGGACAAACAUGCACCUUUUAAGAGCUUUCUCAAGUUCAGUGAAACCUAUGGUCCUGUGAUCACAGUGUACCUGGGUUGGAAGCGGACGGUUAUUCUGGCAGGAUAUGAAGCAGUGAAGGAGGCUCUGGUGGACCAGGCAGACGACUUCGCAGGCAGGAACCAAGCAGCACUUGCACUCAAAUUAAACAGAGGCUAUGGUUUGAUAAUCAGCAACGGGGAGCGUUGGCGCCAACUUCGCCGUUUCACUCUGACCACUUUAAGAGACUUUGGGAUGGGACGUAAAGGGAUGGAGGAGUGGAUCCAGGAGGAGAGCAAACACGUUAGGGAUCACAUAGAAAUGUUCAAAGCAAAGCCCUUUGACCCGACAUUCCUGCUGAGCUGCAGCGUUUCUAACGUGAUCUGCUGCUUGGUGUUUGGCCAACGCUUCAACUACAAAGACAAAGAGUUCCUACGUCUCCUCAACAUUAUUUCUAGUGUGGUUACGUUUAGCAGCAGCCCUCAGGGUCAGAUAUACAACAUCUUUCCUUGGCUAAUGGAGCGUCUUCCUGGACGCCAUCACAGCCUUUUCCUUGAGACUCUGGAGGUGAAACGGUUCGUUGAGAUGAAGAUCAGAGAGCACAAAGAAACUCUGGACCCCAGCUCCCCGAGAGACUACAUUGACCGCUUCCUCAUCCAAACCAGUCAGGAAAAGAACAAUCCUACAACUGAAUUCAAUCAUGACAACUUGGUAAUUACAGUGAUGAAUCUGUUCCUGGCGGGAACUGAAACCACCAGCUCCACCAUCAGAUAUGGCCUCAGUGCCCUGAUUAAAUACCCAAACAUCCAGGAAAAAAUGCAGCAGGAGAUUGACACAGUGAUUGGAAAGGAGCGCUGCCCCAACAUGGAGGACAGGAAGUCCCUCCCCUUCACAGAUGCUGUCAUUCAUGAGGUUCAGCGUUACCUGGAUAUUGCUCCUUUCAGUGUCCCUCACUAUGCGCUCAAGGACAUCUCCUUCAGGGGUUACACAAUCCCCAAGGACACUGUGAUUCUGCCAUUGUUGCACUCUGUGCUCAAAGAGGAAAAGCAAUGGGCAACACCCGGGUCCUUCAACCCCCAGCACUUCCUGGACCAGAAUGGCAACUUCAAGAAACAUCCUGCAUUCAUGCCGUUUUCUGCAGGAAAGAGAGCGUGUGUUGGGGAAGGUCUGGCUCGUAUGGAGCUGUUCAUCUUCAUGGUGUCUCUGCUGCAGCAUUUCACCUUCUCCUGUGCUGAAGGCCCCGACAGUAUUAACCUCAAUCCAGAGUACAGCAGCUUUGCUAAUGUUCCUCGCAGGCAUGACAUCAUCGCUACCCCACGGUGACAAAACAGUGGACAGUUUGUUGCUUAGCCACUUAAUCAUUCACAAACCUUAAUCUGGAUUUAGAUAACCUAUUUUGAAAAAAAGUCUUUACACAGUCAGGUAUUGAUGUAUUGUAAUUAUUCCCUUAAUUUAAAUAUUUUGUCAGUUAAUUUUUCUGCAGAAAAAAAGUUUGUUACUAGAAAUGAUUCACAUAUGAAUCUCUUUACUGAUCUCUUUAACCUGCUGUGUAUAUUGUGUAAUUUUACACAUUUUAUCAGAAGAACAGAAGUUUAUGAGGAUGAGGUUCACAUUUAGGCACAAUGUCACCUGACUACCCUCUAAUAUACACAUUGUACUGAUGUCAGACACUUGUACUAAUCAAUAAAUAGUAUGGACACUGGAG